UGGGUUUCAAGCCUGUUUCGCAGUAGGGUUUGGAUAAACACAAUGUGCUGCAAGGCACAGUACUGGCUUAUUGUUGGUUCUGUCAUCGGAGGGCUGCUGGCUAUUUUAGGUGGAAUUCUAAUUCCCUUGGGAGACAAAAUCAUCAGUGAUGAAAUAGACAAGGAAGCAGUAAUUGAGGAAGGAACCAUUGCUUAUGAAAACUGGGUUGUGCCUGGAAGCCCAGUCUACAGGGAAUUUUGGGUAUAUGAAGUUUUAAAUCCUAAUGGAGUAUUAAAUGCAGAGAAACCAAUACUUAGGCAAAGAGGACCAUACACAUACCUGGUUCGGCAUUUACCAAAAGCUAAUGUGACGCAGAACCACAAUAGCACUGUAUCAUUCUGGCAGCCAAAUGAAGCCAUCUUUCAGCCAAGCAAAUCUAUUGGAUCAGAGCAUGAUCAGUAUACGGUGCUGAACCUUGCUGUUGCUGCUGCACCUGCUUUACUUCCACAAUAUCCAGCGCUAGUGAAUGCAUUUAUUCGGGAAUCUAAUUCUUCAUUGUUCCAAAAGAGAAGUGUUCGAGAGCUUCUGUGGGGUUACAUAGAUCCUUUUUUGCAAAAAAUACCGGAUGCACUGAUAAAAGAUAAGACAACUGGAGUGUUCUACCCAUACAACAAUACAGCAGAUGGUCCCUAUACUGUCUAUAAUGGAAAGGAUGACAUCAAGAAAGUUGCAAUAAUAGAUAGGUACAGGGGUGAAAGAACACUGUCUUACUGGAUGAAUGACUACUGUGACAUGAUUAACGGUACAGAUGCUGCUUCAUUCCCACCAUUUGUUGAUAAAUCGAAACCACUCUACUUCUUUUCUUCUGAGAUCUGUAGAUCAAUAUAUGGAGUUUUUGAAAAAGAAUAUGUGUUAAAGGGAAUUAAAUUAUAUCGAUUUGAACUUCCACAAACGGCACUUGCAUCUCCACUGGAAAAUAAGGACAAUUAUUGCUACUGCACAGAAAUGGAGCUUUCAAGAAACUGCACUGCAGCAGGUGUACUAGAUCUCAGAAAAUGCCAAAAUAACAAACCAAUUUUUCUUACACUGCCCCAUUAUCUAUAUGCAAGCGACUUCCUUUUGGAAUCUGUGGAUGGCCUGAAGCCUGUUGUAGAAGAACAUAAAACAUAUGUAGAUGUGGAACCAAUAACUGGAUUCACAAUGCACUUUUCUAAAAGGUUACAAGUGAAUUUAUUUUUUCAGAAACAAGAAAAAAUACAUGUACUGGCAAAUCUUAGUUCCGAUUUUGUGUUCCCUGUGUUAUGGCUGAAUGAGAGCGCCACCAUUUCUGAUGAAUCAGCAGAUGUAUUUAUUAACAGCGUAACAUUCCCAAUGAAGCUGCUGGAGAUAAUUCAAAUUGUGCUGCUUUGUAUUGGCUUUGCUACUUUUCUACCAUGUUCAAUAGCACUUAUUGUAAAAAGCUGCAAAAAAUCAAAAGGUAAACACGGAUAGAAAAAAAUGGAUAGCACUACCUGGAAGGUACUUUGCAAUUCACGGAUCAUCAGGAAUAAUAAAUAAACAUUCACAUGGAAACACAAACAUAAAUAUCUGCAUGAAUGAUUCAAAUCAUUGCUUAAGCUUUAAAUGGAAAUCUGCUGCUAAGAUUUAAUGCCAUUUUCCACAUUUUCAGAAAUUUAAGACAGGAGUGGUGUCCACGUAACUCAUAGAAAUGAAAAGGUUUUGUACAACUAAACAGGAUUUCAUACUACUAUUCAAAAGUUCCAUACUUUUUAAAAAAAACAUUUUGCACUUUAUUGUUGUAAUUUACUUGAAAUUAUUGUAUCUAUUCAUGUGAAAAAUAAAUGCCAAGUUGUAUAUA